AUGUCUAUGCCUAAUGACACUGCAUACCAUCCUUCUUCAUUCCUUUUGCUGGGCAUUCGAGGGCUAGAACAUUUGCAUACCUGGAUUGGAUUUCCUUUUUUCUUUGUGUAUGUAGUUGCACUUUUUGGGAAUACAGUUAUCCUUUUUGUGAUCCAGACUGAACAGAGUCUCCAUGAACCCAUGUACUACUUCCUGGCCAUGUUGAAUAUCAUUGACUUGUGCUUAUCCACAAGCACAAUUCCCAAAAUGCUGGGGAUCUUCUGGUUCAAUCUCAGAGAAAUUUCAUUUGGUGGUUGUCUUACUCAGAUGUUCUUCAUACACUACUUCACUGGCAUGGAGAGCCUUAUUCUGGUGGCUAUGGCAUUUGACCGCUUUGUUGCUAUUUGUAAACCUCUUCGGUACACCAUGAUUCUCACUAACAAAAUCAUCAUCAUCAUUGCAUGCGUUGCCAUACUGAGGAGCCUGUACAUGGUGCUUCCUGCAGUAAUACUUAUACUGAGGCUGCCAUUCUGUGGACAUUAUAUCAUUCCUCAUACCUAUUGUGAGCACAUGGGUAUUCUCCGACUAGCUUGUGCUAGCAUCAAAGUGAACAGUAUAUUUGGACUUAGCAAUAUUUCCCUCUUAUUAUUGGAUGUCCUCCUCAUUAUUCUAUCUUAUGUUAGGAUCCUUUAUGCUGUCUUUUGCCUACCCUCCUGGGAAGCCCGGUUCAAAUCUCUCAACACCUGUGGUUCACACAUUGCUGUUAUCUUAGCCUUUUUCACGCCAGCAUUUUUCUCUUUUCUGACCCACCGUUUUGGCCACAAUGUUCCCCAAUACAUUCAUAUCCUUCUAGCCAAUAUAUAUGUCGUUUUUCCACCAGCCCUCAAUCCUGUGAUUUAUGGUGUCAGGAACAAGCAAAUUAGAGAAUAUGUCCUUAGAAUAUUCUUCAAGAAAAAUCACUAA